AUGGAAUGUUUGGGUGAAUUAUUUGAAUGCAUUUCAGACACUUUAACAGUCGUUUAUGAGAUUCUUGAAAAUUUAUCAUUCUUAAAUUUAUUUCUUCCACAGUCAAUAAAUUCGAAUAGCUUAAGGGAAUUAACCCUCGAAGGUAAAUCUCUUCAUAUUGGUUCAAAUGUAUUUACUGGCUUAAAACAAAUUGAUUUUUUCAAUAUUCGUGGUGCAUCAAUGAUUUUUUCAGAUGCUUUCGAGAAUGUUUCUCGUAUUCAUAGUGCUUCAAUAUCACUAUCUUCGAAUGAAAUUCAAAGGAUCGGUAAUGAAGCAUUCAGCGGUCUCUACACAGUUGCUCGUCUCGUUAUUCAUGAAAAUACAAUCGAAAAUAUAUCGAACUAUGCCUUUUCGUCUAUAAUUAAUAUUGGUGAAUUAAUUAUAAAAAAUAAUAUAAUAAUAAAUAUUGGCGAAGAAUCGUUUUCAAGCCCAGCAUGGAGAACUAAAAUUUCUGAUAAUAAAUUUUAUUGCAGUUGUAAUAUAUAUUGGAUAAAGAAUAUUAAAGUUUGUUUAUUAGCGAUUUUUAAGGACGUAUUUAUUCUAAGACGGAAUUAUUGUGGAGCAGAAGAAGGCCAUCGAACUCUUAUAAAUUAUUCGCCGAUCUGCAAUAAAGCCCCGCGAAACAUUAAUGGCGCUAAAGCCUUUUGUAAAUAUUUAAUCUUUUUGUUCCUCAUGAUUAUUGUAUAA